AUGGGCGAGGCUGCUCCGCUCCCGGCCGCCGAGGACACGGUUCGCGCGCAGUUUGAGGUCGCCCGCCGCCAUUCGUCAUGGGCCGACGACAGCGAGGAUGAGGUCGACGCGGCCGACGCCAUCGAGGAGCGCGCGCGAGGCCCCGACCGAAGCUGGGACACUACCUCGCGCGACUCGUCUGUGGGAUCGCUCUCCUCCACCAGCAAGGCUAUCGGACGGCGGAGGAGGCGGCGUAACAAGAAGGCUCCGCUCCGUGCGAGUGCGGAGGCUGGCAACGCCCUCGCAGCCUUGGCAGCGGCGCCCGUCCCGGAGGCGCUCCCGCUCACUCGGUCGGCAGGGUCCGAGCUGGCGAUGAUCUUCGAGGGGCUAUGA